AUGGCGUCGUCGUCCUCAUCUAGGGCAAGAUCGGGGCAAUAUUCCAGCGUUUUACAGGACUACUCGCAAGGCCGUGCUAGGCAUGGCCCAGGCCCGUCACGAGCCUGGGGUCAGACGUGCAGUGUCGGCCAGGCAUGCUCAUCGCAGUCGUUUUCUGCAGGAUUCACGUCGUCGAGGGCCUUCCUCUCCUACUCCUCCUCUCCCAUUAGAGUCAGCAUGUACGGAAACUCCAUCUCUCCCCGGCGACGUUCGAUGUCGGUGACGAAGCAGAUCAACGGCAACGGUAACUGUAACAGCGUGGUUUCCAAGCCGAAGAAAACAUGCAUGUGUGCCCCUACGACGCACCCUGGCUCGUUCCGGUGUUAUCUCCACAAGAACUCUCCACGUGGCGGCAGGCGGCAGCAAACGUCGUUGUUUGAUUCGAAUAGCAUAAGGUUUUGCUUGACGAGAUCGGCGAUGGCUAACUCGCCGAUCACGAUUGGAUUAGUUGAAGGCGAGUUGAUGAAAAGAUCGUUGUUGGUGGCUCUGAUCAGACCGUCGUCAAACCAGCUGCAGCGCCGAGACACUUUUCGGCCGAGGCCAAGCUGA